AUGUCAAAUUCAAUAUACAGUGGUCAUAUAGAUGAUGUUGAUAGAGAUGAUCUGGAGAUAAGAGAUCAUGGUAGUGGUGACAUUGCCAACAGUGUUGGAAAUAGUAGUAGUAGUAGUAUUCGUAAUAGUAGUAGUAGUCUAGAGGAGCUGGUUUUAGAUACUGAAAGAAUAAAUACAAGCGUCGAGAGAUCAUCACUCGUACACAGACUUCCACAAGCUUACACUGCAUCACCUAAUUCACCAGAAUACAUAGAUCAAUCGGAAUCCGAUACAUUAGAAAUAGAUAGUCCUCCACAAAUUGACAGCAUCAACAAUAUUAAUAAUAAUAGAGAACAACAUGAAGAAGAGGAAGAUGAAGAAAUAGAUCUUAGAGCCGAUUCUAAAUAUCAUAAUCUAAAAGAUCAAUAUGAAAUAUUAGAAGAAGAUAUUCAUUCACCAAAAGGAGCUAUACUAUUAGAUUCUCCAUACAAUAUUGUUAGAAAUUUAAAUAAUAAUAUUAGUUUUAAAAAUAAUAAUAAUUAUAAAAAUAAUAAUAAUGGUUUCCUUGACAAAUGGAUAUCAAAAAGAAAUCUAAAGAUUGCAGCCAUUGUAUUAUUGAUAUCCAAUCUUGGUUUCGGAACUUUCUUUUCCUAUACUUCACCAGAAGCUUUAUCACAUACUUUUUAUAAUACAUUUAAUAUUGAUUCAAAACAAUUUGGUAGUUUAUUUACUUUAUACGCUAUUCCAAAUGUUUGUAUGGUAUUUAUUACUGGUAUUCUUGUCGAUAUAUUUGGACCGGAUCCAGUCAGUAUUAUAUUGUCGUCGAUUGUCACAUUUUCCACUUUUAUAGGUGCAUUGUCACCACCGAAUUUCUCAGUGAUGCUACUUAGCAGAUUUAUUCUGGGUUUUGCAGGUGAGUCGUUAGUGGCCUGCUCGAAUGCUCUCAUGUCGAAAUGGUUCGACGACCGUUUACUUUCGACAUUCCUCGGAAUUGCUGUUGGCUGGAUAUAUGGAGCCAAUGUUGCAUCUCUGAUAAUACUGCCGAUCCUAAACAAAACCAUUGGAUUUAAAAUGAGUCUUUGGUUUAUUUGUUUUGUUUCUGCAUUUGGUACCGCUUUAAAUGUAGUUUAUUUAUUAAUUAAUAAGAAAUUUAAAGAUAUAUCAAAAGAUGCGGAAAUGGAUAUAAUUUUAAGAGAUUUAGAAUCAAAUGUUAUGGAUGAUACUGAUGAAAGUAGUUUUAUAGAUAGAGAAAAAGAUCGUUCCAAUCGAUUGGCUUCGAGUUCCUCCGAUUUAAUAUUGAUGCAAUUGCCAGUUGGUGAAAGGAUAAUACAGUUCAUACACUCAUCUUUUAUCAAAGUAAAAGGAAUACUAUCACAGCUACCUUCAAGGUUAUGGAUAACAGUGGGUAUCGUAUUCUUUGGAUAUACAUCGAUGUACGGAUUGGCUAUUAUUGGUCCGGAUUUGUUCAUGCUAAAGUAUGGUUUCAAUGAACAAUCGGCAUCUUUAAUUUUAUCUUCAGAGACACUUUGUAGCUGCCUGAUGUCACCACUAUUCGGUUUGGUAAUCAGAAAGAUUGGAAAGAGACUUCAUCUUUUGGCUGUAUCCAUCGUACUUUUAGCAAUGGGAAUCAUAUUGUUAGAAACAACAGAUAUUCAUCCACUUCCUUGGAUCAUAUUAUCAGGAACUGGAUUCGCAUUGAUGAACACCACAAUAAUAUCAUCACUUCCACUAUAUAUUCCAAGUGAAGUGCUUGGUACUUCAUUUGGUUUCAUCGGAACAGCAUACAACACAGGAUUGGUUAUAUAUCCACCUAUUUUAGGUGCUCUAAAAGUAUCUACCGGUACUUAUACCGCUUCACUUUAUUUACUAUUUGGUAAUUGUAUAGUUGCUUUGAUGCUUGUUGCUCUAUUGCUUUGGGUAGAUUUGAAAUCGCCAAGAGAAACAAGAUUAUCACAAUAA